AUGGCGCCGCAAAAUCAACUAGGAAAGCGCGUCAAGCUGACACAGGUCCGACGACCCUUCAUCGUGGGAAGCACCGCCAAGCCCUUCUCAGAUACCAACCCGCGACCAGCAGGCAUCCCCGACAUCCACACACACUCCUGGCAGGUCUUUGUGAAGGGCCUCGACGAUACAGACAUUACAUACUGGCUACGCCGCGUGCAAUUCAAGCUCCACGAGUCGAUCCCUAACUAUGUGCGAAUGGUUGAAGGAGAGCCUGGAAAGCCAUUUGUCGUCAACGAGACGGGAUGGGGAGAAUUCGACAUCACUCUCAAGCUCUACUACGUUAACGACUCGGGCGAGAAACCCCAGACGCUGUACCACUACCUCCGCCUACAUCCCUAUGGGCGGAACGAGGAGGAGAAGCAGGCCAUGGUCGCGUCAAACGGCGAAAUCCGAGCAUGGAGCUACGAAGAGCAGCUUUUCAACGAACCCUACGAGACAUUCUACAACAUCCUUACACAAGGCGCCGUGCCCAAGGGGUGGAAGCCGAGCGGCGGCAAAGGCAAAGGUAAGACGCGUCUACCGCCACCGCCUCCCGCCGAUAGCAACGAGGUAUGGGAGCGCUCAGCGAUGAUACCAGCGCAUAACAGGCCAGGACAGCCCUUCAGCCUCGAGACGGAGGCAGCCGAGAUCCGAAAAAUAGCAGACGCCCAGGCGCAGGCGGAAGAAAUGGCUAAGAAGAUCCUGGCCGAGCUCAAGAGCAAGGAGGAAAUGCUGGCCAAGCUCAAGGCGGAGAACCAGGCUGCUGCUGCCGCGAACAAGUCUUAG